CGAGUUGCUCACUUUGGAUUUUUCAUUACAUUUCUGACUAGACGAAUAAAUUACUCUGGACAAUUGGGGCUUUGCCUGGGCUAUACACCUGCGGUUUCUAGCUACAGUUAUUUGAAUGGCCCCACCCGCUAAGCUUGAUUGGGCAAUCUACAUGCCAGAGACAAAGAUGGCCAACUAGGUCGUAUGGGAGGUGGGCGCGCUAUCUUUCUGUAUUUUCUAUGGUUCCGCUUUGUGAUGCCGCAUGCGCAGUAAUUUCCUGCCGGAACGCAUGCUGAUGAAAUAGUGCGGCGUGUGCCGAAGGAAGUGUCGUGCGGCCCGGUUACUUUAUCUUAGCAGCCACGGGAGCGGAAACAAGAUGCCUGGUUUAAGUUGCCGAUUCUACCAGCACAAGUUCCCAGAAGUAGAUGAUGUGGUCAUGGUUAAUGUUCGGUCUAUUGCUGAGAUGGGGGCAUAUGUCAGUCUCUUGGAAUAUAACAACAUAGAGGGCAUGAUCCUCCUUAGUGAACUCUCAAGGAGGCGUAUCCGAUCCAUAAACAAACUCAUCCGCAUUGGCAGGAACGAGUGCGUUGUAGUAAUAAGAGUGGAUAAAGACAAAGGAUAUAUAGAUUUGUCCAAAAGAAGAGUGUCCCCAGAAGAGGCAUUAAAAUGUGAAGAUAAAUUCACCAAGUCUAAAACUGUAUACAGUAUUCUGCGUCAUGUAGCUGAAGUUUUGGAAUACACAAAGGAUGAGCAGCUAGAAAGUUUAUAUCAAAGAACUGCCUGGGUAUUUGAUGAAAAAUACAAAAGGCCAGGAUAUGGAGCCUACGAUGCCUUCAAACUUGCAGUCUCAGAUACAUCAGUUCUGGAUGGACUAGAUUUAAUAGAGGAGGAAAGAAGAGUCCUCAUUGAUAAUAUUAACAGACGUCUUACGCCACAAGCUGUGAAAAUCAGAGCAGAUAUUGAAGUGGCUUGCUAUGGGUAUGAAGGCAUUGAUGCAGUGAAAGAUGCACUAAGAGCGGGACUUGGCUGUUCUACAGAAAAUAUGCCAAUAAAGAUAAAUUUGAUUGCGCCUCCUCGGUAUGUGAUGACUACAACAACUUUGGAACGGACUGAAGGUCUUUCUGUGCUCAAUCAAGCAAUGUCAGUAAUCAAAGAGAGAAUUGAGGAGAAAAGGGGUGUAUUUAAUGUCCAGAUGGAGCCCAAGGUUGUCACAGACACAGAUGAAACGGAGCUUGCCCGACAGUUGGAGCGGCUUGAAAAGGAAAAUGCAGAAGUGGAUGGAGAUGAUGAUGCAGAUGAAAUGGAAGCAAAAGCAGAAGAUUAACAUAAACCUUAAACUACAGAAAAUCUGAACACAUCAAAGCAAGCUGGCGUUAACCAUAAUAUAUAUUUUGCCCCAAAAUUUUAUUCAAAACAAUUUCAGUUGUAACUUCCUUCUGUAUGCAAAAUACAUAUCUAUUGAACACAGCCUGUGUAGACUCCUAAAAACCAUUUUUGUAUUUUGAUACAUUUUUAUUGGCCUUGCAGGGCUUUGGGAACUGGUAGGAUAAGGCUGCUCAAUAAACUCAUAGCCCAUACAUCUCCAUUGGCGUUUUUUGUAAAAUCAAAA